UAGCCUAUCGCUGAAACAGGGAUUCCUACAGCAACUGGAUGGAAUGAAACAAUGCAACAGAAUGCGUAAGGAAUACAGCAUUCGUACCGGAACUAAAUACACACAUUUUAUUCGUUUACGACCGGACACUAUUUUCUUCACCCCUUUCCCAUCUGUAUCAACUCUUCCUUUCAUUUCACCCAACGGUGAACCGUGGGUUUUAACGGGAAAUAAACGAGCUUGCUGUUGUGGCAAUGAAGAUUGGUUUGGAAUUGGUACAAUCGAUCUAAUGGAUACCUAUUUUGAUCGUAUCGACAGUAUCCUCUCUCAUAAACCAAUGAAUCCAUCAUGGACAGCUGAGGAUUAUCUAAGCUAUCAUCUGAAAGUUAACGGCAGUGCAGCCUUAAAUGUCGAUUACGAACACCUGCGGGUGUGUAUUCAUAAACCUCUAGACCGUAGAAACCCUGGUGAUCCAUAGUUUUACCAGACGUAAUGUCUUAGACAAGCAUUUUCGACACUAGCUGCAACAGAGGUAGCUAACUUAUUAAUUAUAUGAAUUUCAAAAACAAGUUUUUUUCAUGCGUAGUACGGGUGAGGGUUGAUGAGUCUGAACUGUUGUCCUGAAUUUUUCCAGUUCUUUUAAGAAAAAGAUUAAAAAUUCUCAAAGCAAAGAAAAACAGGCCAAUGGGAAUGAACGAAAAUCAACGAAUAAGAAAACUUUCGUUCAUUCUAACUACGAUAGCAGUAGUGCCUACUCACCUCCAAACAUAUUCACAUUCACCCUCACUAACACUAAGCCCGAAUACCCAAGAGUAAGAGGAGAGGGUGAGGCUAGAUGAGUAUGUGCUCUUGUCCUGAAAUAUUCCCCUUAUUUUAAGAAAACUUGUGUACUUACAGUUUUGUUUGAAACACCUUGUUGAUAAAAUAAAAAUAAAUUUUUUAAAAUUUUUUAUUUUUAACAAAAUAUAUUUCGACUAUUUCAGUAGCCUUCGUCAGCUGUAUGUGUGUGGUCAGUACGGUGUGAGAGUGCUAUUAUAUACCUUGUUAAACAAAGGUAGGAUGGUUAUCUUUUUUCCUCCUUUUGGUUUUUGGUCUUCGCCGUCGGUCAUCUUAUUCUUUUUCUGUCAUUUCAUCUGUUUCUAUUCACUGUGUAUGUGUUAAUAUAUGAAUUAUACGUUUCCUCUUUCCUUUUUUCUCUAUGAGAGACAUUUUAUGUUCACUUGGUGAUCAACGUUGGUGGUUGGCUGGAUUAGAUUUAAAUAUUGAUUUUGUAAUUAAAUGUGGUGAAAUUGCUGCCUAUCAAGUUAAAUGGUCCACUGGCUGGAGUGAUUGGUAUGUUCCCGGUGUUAAUGAUAUGGAUCAAAAAGUCAAUACAAACAAUGGUUUCGGAAUUAGUAUUAUUAAUACAUUAAUACUGAUUGGCUUAGUACUUGAUUUAGGUUUGGGUAUCGGAUUUCGACCAGGAACCAAUGGAAAUUUAACACUAUACACAACAGUGGGUACAAGCGCCAUUAGGUUGAUUCACCUUACCUCUAAAACUAUAAAUGUGUAACUGGAAUAUGCUUGUUUAUUGCAGCUGUAACUGCGCCUGUACAAGUCGUGGCAAAUAACAAAAAGGUUGUGUACAUGACUAGUAAUUGCUAAUUGAGACAAUAAAAAUGCUAAGAUAGCGGCUCGUAAUUUCCGGGAAUGCUAGAAAUAAAAAUAAUUUUCUAUUUAAAUGAGCUACACAUGUAGA